UUUAGUUAGUAUAUAUAAAUAUCUCAUUUUAUGUUGUUGUUGGUGAAGAAAGAGUGACUAUUUAAUAAAAGAUGGCUAUUCCUGAAAUCUUGUCAACCUUUUUGGUUAUUAUUCUUGUAGCUGGUGCAAAAUUUCAAGUGUGUUCUGCAUCUCGUUAUGUUUCAGCUCCUGUUUCAGUGUCUCCUUCACCCUUGUCUGGUCCACUCCCUAGAUUUCCACUGCUUACCGCUCCCGAUUUUCAUAUACCAUUCUUGCCUCCAUUCCCGGGGACUAGUCCACCGUCCACGCCUGUAGUUCCAGGCUUCCCUGUACCAUCCGUGCCUGUGAUUCCAGGCUUGCCUAGUUCACCGUCCUCGCCUGUAACUCCAAGCUUGCCUAGUUCACCGUCCUCACCUGUAAUUCCACGCUUCCCUGUACCAUCCGUGCCUGCAAUUCCAAGCUUGCCUAGUUCACCGUCCUCGCCUGUAAUUCCAGGCUUGCCUGGUUCACCGUCCUCACCUGUAAUUCCACGCUUCCCUGUACCAAUCGUGCCUACAUUUCCAGGCUCGCCUAGUUCACCAUCCACGCCUCUAGUUCCGGGCUUUCCAGUACCAUCCGUGCCUGCAAUUCCAAGCUUGCCUAGUUCACCGUCCUCACCUGUAAUUCCAGGCUUGCCUGUACCAAUUGUGCCUACAUUUCCAGGCUCGCCUAUUUCACCGUCAACGCCUCUAGUUCCGGGCUUCCCAGUACCAUCCGUGCCUGCAAUUCCAGGCUCGCCUAGUUCACCAUCCUCGCCUAUAAUUCCAGGCUUUCCUGUAAUCGCGCCUACAUUUCCAGGUUCACAUAGUUCACCGUCCUCGCCUGUAAUUCCAAGCUUCCUUGUACCAUCAAUGCCUCCAUUCCCAAGCACUAGUCCACCGUCCCCGCCUUUCAUUCCAAUCUUUCCUGUACCAUCCUUGCCUCCAUUUCCAGGAACUAUUCCACCCUACAUGCCUCUAAUACCUCCCUCUAUUUCACCAUUUAUGCCUCCGGUCCCAGGUUCCUGUCCACCAUCCGCACCUUCGGCUCCCUACUCUAGUCCACCUUCACCCUCCAUGCCUUCAAUUCCUGUCUCUAGUCCAUCAAUCAUGCCUCCAGCUCCAUCUCCUACUCCACUAUCCAUGCCUCCAGUUCCUGCCCCAGUGCCAUAUCCCGAUAUGCCUGUUCCUGCACCAGGACCUACGCCUAUGCCUUCUGGCAUCAAAGGUGCAUACUGGCUUUCAUGGCUAGCCGAAACAGUUCCUUCAUCAAGCAUCCCAACUGAAUAUUUCACCCACAUUUUCUACGCAUUUGCUGUGCCUGAUAAUACAUCAUUCCAGUUGCUCGUAAGCCAAGCUGACGAGCAAUCAGUGAUUAACUUCACGGCUACAAUCCAUUCUCAGAGCCCCGCAACAAAGACCAUGCUAUCAAUAGGAGGAGAUACAGGAUCUCCGAUUCUCCCCAGCAUGACGAGUUGCCAAGAUAAUCGCGCUGCAUUCAUCAAAUCAACUAUCGAUGUAGCCCGAAAGUGUGGCUUUGAUGGCCUUGAUCUUGAUUGGGAAUUCCCAACCAAAUCAGAAAACAUGCACAAUCUAGCAUUACUAUUAAAAGAAUGGCGUCUUGCCAUCAGCAUAGAGUCAUUAACUUCCUCUAGACCUCCACUCAUCCUAUCCGCCGCUGUUUCCUUCUCUCCAAAUCCUCUCUUAUCAGGUACAUUUUAUCCUGAAGAUGCACUAAGAAACUAUCUUGAUUUCUUGAACCCUACGUGCUAUAAUUACAAGGGCUCGUGGGAUACUUCAGCGACUGGUGCUCCGGCCUUGUUAUACGAUAAAUCAAGCAAUAUUAGCACCAGCUAUGGAAUUUCAGCUUGGAAACAAAAUAGGAUUCCUUCAACAAAGCUAGUAAUGGGAAUUCCUUUAUUCGGAAAGACAUGGAAAUUGAAGGAUCCAAAUGAUCAUAGAAUUGGAGCUCCUGCAAUAGGAGUUGGUCCUGGAACUCAAGGAGAAAUGUCAUAUAAUGAUAUAGUAACAUUCAUUUCAGAAAACAAUGCCACUAUAGUAUAUAACAAUGAAACAGUUUCAACAUAUUCAUAUGUUGGAACAAAUUGGAUUGGAUAUGAUGAUAUCAAUUCCAUCACAGCAAAGAUUAAGUAUGCUAAGACUCAGGGAAUUGGUGGUUACUUUUUCUGGGCACUUGGCUAUGAUGACAGCAACUGGACUCUUUCUAGAGCAGGUAAAAUUCCUAAACUUCUUCCACUUUAGACAUUCAG